AUGGGCGCCGGUGCGAGCACUCCAUCACCCGACCCUGCGGCGGCCGGAACGUGCCCUGUGGACCACAAAACCCGUGAGGCAUGGCUACAACAACACAAAGCAUCCGGCGGCGGUGCGCCUCCUCAUCCUGCCCCUGCAGAAGAGGGCCAAUCGAAAGGGAAAUCUCAACGCCCUCUCUCUAGCGACCGCGAAGUGAGCAGCAUACCGCGAGCCAUCGACCCUCAGUCCCACCCAUCUUCCGAGUCCCCGAACGCGACCCCGUCACCAUACUCUUCGUCCGCCGCAUCGCAUGGCACUCCGUCAAACGCUGAGGCUGAAACGGGCCAUGACCCAAAUACCGGAAACUGGAUCUACCCGUCAGAACGGCAAUUCUUCGAGGCGCUUGUGCGCAAGGGCAACACCCCCGAGUCGACGCACUCCGCAUCGGAACUGGCAACAACCGUCGCAUCCAUCAUACCCAUCCACAACGCUGUCAAUGAGCGCGCCUGGCAACAGAUCCUGCGGUGGGAAAGCAAAGCGCCUAGUUCCGAUCCGGGUAGCAAGAAAUGCGGAGGGCCCAAACUGUAUGCUUUCCGGGGUCUGGGCGUGGACCCGCAGUUCCUGAGCCCGCGCGCCCGUAUGAACAACUGGAUGGGCUACCAGCUCCCCUUCGAUCGUCACGACUGGGUUGUAGAAAGAUGCGGCGGGGAGCGCAUUGAGUACGUGAUCGAUUUUUACCAAGGGAAAACAUCGGGAGGAGAUAGCGCACCCGGCCUGGCUGCCAACACAGGCCCCGGAAAGCUGAGUUUCUACCUGGACGUACGACCCAAGCUGAACACGGUGGAAGGCUGUCGGAUGAGAUUCGGCCGCUUCAUGGGGCUGUAA